ACAGUAGGCGGCUUACCCGCUCCCUGCAUUAGUUCGCUGUUCGAUCUGUCGGAGGAUACAUCGGAAGUACCGACUCCUGUCAUCUGGAAGGAGACAAAUCUGUUUUCUUUAGCAAAUGUGCGGCGAUCCUCAUCGCUGUUGCAGAAUCUUCUUGCGCAGUGAAAUUGGUGCAAUGUCAUUCGUAAACAAUAACAAUAUAUCAAACAUUAAAAUGUUUUAAACGUAUAGUUUCAUCUAAACACAUGGAGACAAAAACUGUCUUUCUUUCGUUGUGAUUCGGCCGAGUACACGGAAAAUUAUCGAAAAUGAGUUUCUUAAUGUGGCAUCUUCGACUUCUUCUAAUGCUGCUGAUCGUUUGUGCUUCAGUUAUGUCAGCGAGCACGUCGCGCAAGAGCCAGCAGCAGCAGCAGGUGGCGGCGCCGGCCACCUACCCCCCGCCGCUGCCCCACAAGCCGCCGCAGCAGAAGCCCGCGCACCUGCAGCUGCAGCAGCUGCAGCGCUACCCGCUGCCGCCCCGGGACUCGGGCGUGCCGCUCUUCGGCGCGGGCUACGCCGCGCCUUCCAGGCACCACUCUCCUGCCAGCUCACACCCAGGAGGCCACGUGGGGAUGUACGGCAGCGGCGCGGUGCGCGUGCUGCCGCCGCCGCCGCCGCCGCCGCCGGCGCACCUGUACGGCGGGCUGUGGCCGGUGUACGUGCCCGGGCGGGCUGCGCCGGGCUACCAGCGGCCGCGCGGCCACGGCUACGGGCUGGCCGUGCUGCCCGCGACGCGCCACCGCCACCCGCCCUCCUACGAGGCUGCGCUGCGCGCGCGCCUCGUGCCCGGGCCCGCCGUCUCGCGCCACGGCGGAUACCCCAGGCUGCCGCCGCCGCGCCUCAUGCCGCAGGGCGCCGACGCCGACGGAGACUUCGCCGAGCGCCCCGACUCCGACAUCCGCCACAACGAGGAGGAGCAGGUGGAGGACGAGGAGGUGUACCCGUGCACGGACGUGUGCCGCGCGGGCCAGUACACGUGCGUGAAGACGUGCGCCUGCAUCCCGCCGUCGUGGCGCUGCGAUGGACACACCGACUGCGCCGAGAGCGAGGACGAGGACGACUGCGCGCCCGCGCCCGCGCCCGGCGCCGCGCCGCCGCCCGACGAGAACGAGCCGACCACCGGGGAGUGCCUGCCGUCUGACCACCGCGUGCGCUGCCCACACACCCGCAAGUGCAUCCGCGAGGACUGGCUGUGCGAUGGCGAGGACGACUGCGGCGACUUCUCCGACGAGACACAUUGCGCUUCCGAGAUGAACUGCACGGCGGAGGAGUUCCAGUGCGACAACGGCAUGUGCAUCCGCUCCUCGUGGCGCUGCGACGGCGAGAACGACUGCAAAGACUACUCUGACGAGUACAACUGCACGCGCAAGAACAGGUCGUGCCACGAGAACGAGUUCCACUGCACGGACGGCAGCUGCCUGUCUCUCACCUGGAAGUGCGACCUGGAGUCCGACUGCCCCGACGGCUCCGACGAAGUCGACUGCCCUGCUGUUGGACCCCUGGCUUGCGAGGAUGGCGAGUUCCUAUGCUCGACCCCUCGCUGUGUGAGUAUCGAGUUUCGCUGUGACGGAGACGACGACUGCGGGGACUGGAGCGAUGAAGACGACUGUCCGGAGAUGGGGACCAGCUGCAGCCCUGGAGAAUUUAGGUGCAACAGUGGCAAAUGCAUCCCAGACCGCUGGCAGUGCGACGACGAAAAGGACUGUGAGGGAGGAGAAGAUGAAGAGUCCUGUGCUGAGAAGAAACCACGCACUUGCGCCCCUGAUGAAUUCUCCUGCAGUUCUGGAAACUGUAUUUUGAAAACCUGGGUCUGUGAUGGAGUGCCUGAUUGUUCUAAAGGAGAAGAUGAAGCUUUAUGUGAAAUUACAUGUGAAGAGAACCAGUUUCGCUGUGAGAACAUCACUUCUGCCAACGAUACAUCAUCCUCAAGAAGUUCUGUUACUUGUAUCAACCGUAAGCAUAUGUGUGAUGGCAAGAGAGAUUGUCCUAAAGGAGAAGAUGAAGAAAACUGCCCACAGCGAAGAGAAUGUGAACUACGUUCAAGAUGUGAACACCUCUGCGUUACCAAUGCAGAUGGAAGCAAAGGGUGUGCUUGUCGCACGGGCUACGCUCUCAGCAGUGAUCACUACAGUUGUCAUGACAUUAAUGAGUGCCUCUUUGAAACAGAUCCUGUCUGUAGUCAAACAUGUAAUAAUACUAUAGGGUCAUUUACAUGUGGCUGCAUGACUGGCUACAUAUUGCGCCCUGACGGCCGAACAUGCAAGGCUAUGGGUGCUGCACCAACGUUAUUGUUUGCCAAUAGAGUUGACAUUAGACAGGUUAGUCUCAACAAUGCUAAGUUCACAGCAGUGUUGAAAGGCCUACACAAUGCAAUUGCUGUUGACUAUCACUAUCAUAAAGGACUUAUUUUUUGGUCUGAUGUAUCAAUGGAUGUCAUUCGACAUGCAAGUCUGAAUGGUACAGGACCAGUAGAUGUCAUUCGAUGGGGUCUGGAGAGCCCUGGUGGACUUGCAGUAGACUGGGUGCAUAAUCUUUUAUUCUGGACAGAUUCUGAAACAAGGCGUGUGGAAGUAGCAACACUUGAUGGAAUUCAUCGUGCAAUCAUUGCAUCAAAUGACUUAGACCGACCACGAGCUAUUGCUGUGCAUCCAGGAGAGGCUUUCAUUUUUUGGACAGACUGGGGUCCAAACCCAAAAAUUGAACGUGCUGAGAUGGAUGGAAGCAGUAGACGAGCUGUCAUAAGUGAGUCCCUGUUUUGGCCAAACGGACUUUGCAUUGACUAUGCCAUGCGCAGAAUUUACUGGGCAGAUGCCAAGCAUCAUGUAAUAGAGACUUCAAAAUUUGAUGGCUCUGAAAGAAAAAAGGUUCUUACUAAAGGUUUACCUCAUCCAUUUGCCCUUACAUUAUUUGAAGAUGCUCUGUACUGGACUGACUGGAACACUAAAAGUAUUUCAACUGCCAAUAAACACACAGGAACUGGUCUUCGCACGCUCCACUCAGGUCUUCACUUUCCAAUGGAUAUUCGCAGCUAUCAUCCUCAGCGACAGCCACAGUACCGAAACAGAUGUAUGGGUCCUGAUGGAAAUUUUGCCUGUUCACACAUGUGCCUACCAAACAGAAGCAGCUACCAAUGUGUUUGUCCAAUGGGACUCAAACGGCAACCAGACGGGAGAACGUGUGAUGCUUCUCAGGAUGAGCUCCUACUAUUUGCAAGAAAGAAAGAUCUGCGAAUUCGUCAACUUCAUGCUGACAGCAACAACAGUGUUGAUAUGGUCAUUCCACUUGAUGGUGUUCAGUCAGCUGUGGCAUUGGCAUGGGAUUCUAAGACAGAUUCCAUUUUCUGGACUGAUGUUGAUGCAGAUACAAUAAGCAGAGCUCAUCUUAAUGGAAGUAAUGAGGUUGUUAUUGUAUAUUCUAAUUUAGAGUCUCCUGCUGGCUUAGCAAUGGAUUGGGUUACCAAUAAAUUAUAUUGGACUGAUGCUGGCACUAACAGAAUUGAAGUUGCUAAUCUUGAUGGAAGUAUGAGGGCUCUUCUUGUUUGGGAAGGACUUGACAAACCUCGGGACAUUGUUGUUGAUCCCAUUGGAGGCUACAUGUACUGGAGUGACUGGGGUGAAGUCCCAAAAAUUGAACAAGCAGGAAUGGAUGGCUCAGACAGAUCAGCUUUAAUCACACAAAGACUUAUUUGGCCAAAUGGAUUAGCAAUUGACUAUGCCCGAGGUCGUUUGUAUUGGGCAGAUGGAGGAACAAAGGCUAUAGAGUAUGCUUCACUUGAUGGAAGUGGAAGAAGAGUUCUGAUAAAUACUGAUAUACCCCAUCCCUUUGGUCUGGCUGUUCAUGAGAACAAAAUCUACUGGACCGAUUGGGAGACUGCAAGUAUUCAUAUGGCUGACCAGCUAACUGGCCAAAAUAGGAGUGUUGUCAGAUCAGGAAUAACUGGAUUAAUGGAUGUUAGAGUAUUUCAUCGUAGUAGGCAAACGGUGCAGUCAUCCUGCCGUGUGAGGAAUGGUGGCUGCAGUCAUCUUUGUCUUCUGGCACCUGCACCAAGACGUUUCUCUUGUGCAUGUCCAAUAGGUAUCAAACUUCUGCCUGAUCAGAGGACAUGUGCCCAUGGUCCAACAAAUUCAUUGAUAUUUGCACAUCGUGUUGAUAUACGGCAGAUUUCUCUAGAUGUCCCAUAUGUAGUUGAUGUGGUUCUACCAUUGCCACCUUUGAAGAAUGCAAUUGCUGUUGAUGUUGACAGAAAAACAGGUGAGAUAUAUUGGACAGAUACUGCAGAAGAUGUAAUCCAAAAAGCUACCCUUGAUGGAAGACGAAUUGAGACCGUUAUAUAUGAUGGUCUGGAGACAGCAGAUGGCAUAGUCAUUGAUUCAACGGGAAGGAAGAUAUACUGGACUGAUGCAGGCCGCAAUAGCAUUGAAGUAGCGGAACUAGAUGGGCGUAACCGAAAAGUGCUAGUGUGGUCAGGGCUGGAAUCUCCUAGAGCCAUAACACUUCAUUAUAGUAGAGGUCUUAUGUACUGGUCCGAUUGGGGCAAGAAUGCCAGAAUAGAACAAGCUGACAUGGAUGGAAGGAACAGGAAGACAUUGAUAUCAGAGGGACUAAUAUGGCCAAAUGGCCUUGCAAUAGAUCGCCCAGAAAAUCGUCUAUACUGGAAUGAUGGAAAACUCAAUACCAUUGAAAGUUCAGAUCUAGAUGGCAAUGAUAGACGUGUCAUUGUUAGCGAUGUCCCCCAUCCAUAUGGAUUAGUGAUCAUGGGGUCACAUAUAUAUUGGACAGAUUGGGAGACUGAGGCUUUACAUCGAGCUGACAAGCUAACAGGCUCUGGAAAUGUUAAAAUUAGAGAGAAGUUGGAAGGGCUGAUGGACAUAAGGUCUGUGCAGGUUGACAAUGUGGAGGAGAAUGCCUGUGGUCGUGCCAAUGGUGGCUGCUCACAUUUGUGCUUACGAAGGCCUGGAGGAUAUUCUUGUGCUUGUCCAACUGGCAUCCUUCUCAAUGAAGAUCAUCACACAUGUAACUCACCUCCUUCCACAUACCUCCUGUUUGCCACACGAAGUACCUUGGCAAGAGUCUCACUUGAUACACCAGAGCUGUGGGAUGUUACACUGCCAAUACCAGAUGUGCACAAUGCCAUUGCUGUGGACUUCCAUUGGAAGCAUAAGAAGAUUUAUUACACUGAUGUCCAUCUGGAUGUAAUCAGGAGUGUGGACAUGCACAACCUCUCCAAUACAAGUGUUGUGGUAUCAAAAAAUUUGGCUACACCAGAUGGUUUGGUGGUUGACUGGAUAGCUGAUAACAUUUACUGGACAGAUGCUGGCAGGAAAGUUCUGGAGGUUGCAAAACUGGAUGGAACAUGUAGGAAAGUGAUAAUAAAAAAUGGUUUAGAUGAACCAAGGGCACUUGCAAUGUUCCCAAGGAAGGGGUACAUGUAUUGGACUGACUGGGGAGACAACCCAAAAAUUGAAAGAGCAUUACUGGAUGGUUCCAACAGAACAGUUGUCGUUGGAACUGAACUAGGUUUUCCCAAUGGUCUAGCUAUUGACUAUGCUGCCAGAAGACUUUACUGGGCAGAUGCUCUUAAGGAUAGAAUAGAAACAGCAGACCUGAAUGGUAGAAACAGAAUACAGCUUGUUCCUGCUAAAACACAUCCAUUUGGACUCACUCAGUAUGGUGACCAUAUCUACUGGACCGAUUGGUACAAGAAGUCAGUGGAGAGAGCUGAUAAGAAGACAGGUUUAGAUCGAAAAGUAAUUCGCAAAGACCUUGAUGGAGUAAUGGAAAUACGAGCUGUAGCUGCUGAGCGGCAACCUGGUUGGAAUCCUUGUGCAGUUCAUAAUGGUGGCUGCUCUCACUUAUGUCUUUACCGACAAAAGGAUUACAUCUGUGCUUGUCCUGAUAUACCAGAUGAUCGACAUUGCUCUACAGUGCCCAGUGCUCAUGUACCAAACAAGAAACAGAAAGAAUUAAAUCCCCUUAUGGAUGUUGAGGAUUACACAGGAGAAGAUGAAGAUUAUGAAAACAUGCCUAUUUCUCCAGCCUAUCCAAAUGAAAAUGAUGAGCCUGGUAUAAAAGAUGGUGUGGAUGAUGAUUUAAAUAUGUUGGCAGGCACUGGAAGUGCAGAAAAACCAAAGGAGCAUGGAAUACCAUCACACAUUAUGAUUAUAAUAAUGGGCCUGUUCAGUUUGAUAGUACUUGCUACUUUGGCUAUGGUCAUACUGCUCUUAUUCCAUCGACACAAGAAACAGAAGAAGUAUUUAUAUGCUACAGGGCGAAGUGUGCUGACAUUUUCUAAUCCGAAUUAUAAUGCUUCUAAUAUGGAUGUUGGAGCUAGUUCCCAUCCUGACAAAAAGCCAUUCAUUUGGAAAAGACUCAAAUAUGACAAGUCUCAGGAACGAGUUUUUAAUAUUCAUGAUGAGAAACAAGCUACAGGACCUGAAGUGGUAUCACUGAUUCCGGCUGUUAUGGUACCAAGCAAUGAUGCUACAACACCAGAGCAUAUUGCUACACCUCCUCCAACACCUCCCCAAAGAUUAGACAGUAUUAGCUUGAAGGCUGGGUGACCAACCUUCAGUAAAAUUUGUGUAAUGUUUUUGCAGGAGGAGCCAUCCAAUACCACAAAAUUAGGUAGGCCAAAAUGGUAUAAAUGUUUGUAAAACUGUCAGUUCUAUAAGAGAAAACAUAAUAAAAAUGACAAAUAAAAAGUCAUAUGUAACAGUAAUGUAAAUAGGGCCCAGUUUACAAGCCCUUGUGACAAAUUCAGAAUAAGAAUGUGUAACAUCCAGCCUGUUAAUAAAUUGUUUCCCUAUAAUUAUAUGUAAUACUUAAUUUGUUGUUAUUACUUGACAGCCUUCCAUACAGAGUGAAAUACUGGAAUUUUAGAUAGUUACUGUACCAUACCUAAGACUGUAUUUGUGUUUGAUUUUGUAUUGUUUUUUAAAAUUAAAUGUGAGAUGAAAGUCACCAUAAUUUUUGUCACCUAGUAAAACCAAAUAUUUAUGUGUUUUUAAUUCUUUGAAUGUGUCAUAUUAAAAUGAUUUUAUUGUUGUUGACACUGGAAUCAUGCUCAAAAUGUUUGAAGGAAAACGGCAGAUGAAGAGUAAGAAUAUGAAUUGUUGGUGAGAAUGUUGUGAAUUAUGAUGAGAGUCUUGUGUAUAUAAUAGUCAAAUGAAGGAAGAGUAUUAAUGAAAGUAAAUAAAACUAAAAUUUUAUUGCAUGGAAGUUCCCCAUGUCCACCAGUUAUGACUGUCGUUUCAUACAAUAGUUAUCUCAUAAGUUUUGCAAAUGCAGUAUUGAUGUUCCUUAUUAUUUUUAACUCAUAACAAAGUAAUAAAAUGAAAAUAAAGUGUUUUUUGUAUUUAUCCUGUACAUACUUUUUAUAAAAUAUUGAAAUGUUAUAGGUAAUUAUGAAAAAGUUUCAAAUAGUUUUAUAUAUUUGCUCAGUUUUACUGAUAUAAUUAAAAUAUUUUGUUGCUGCUUUUCUUGCAGUUUGUAUGCUAGUGCAAAUAAUUGAAUAAGGAAAUGAUUUUUUUAAAGAGAAUAUUCAAUUGAUACUGCGGAGAAUCAGAUUUUCAAUGUCUGCAUGUUUAUCUCAAAGUGUGAAUAUGUAAGACAUACAUUUUAUUCAUAAUAUUAUUUUCACUCUUUCUCUCAUUUAAUAAGUAUUAAUGUUUAUGAGGCUCCAAAUAUUGUCUUAAAAUUUUAUAGCUAUUUAUGCAAUUAUAAUUCAUGUUCAUAUGUUAAAUACAUUUUUAAAGAAGCAAUGCACACAGUAGUGGGUUAAACAAAUGUACAAUAUAUGCCAAAAAAUUAUUUUAUAUAAUACAGUUAUGUCAAACAUAUCAAGUUCUAUUUCUUCUAGUCCUUCCAUUUCAUUAUUCAUAAUCUGUUUGCCACAGUAUAAAGGGCAUAUUUAACAUCCCCUUCCUUAUUUUAAAUAGUCCUCUAUUGAAUUCAUAAAUCAUACUCUUCUGAUUAUGAUGAAUACUACAGCCAAUAAGUCAAAAUACAUGCUCAAAAUGAACACACAGAAAGAUUUCUUGGAACAAAAUCAGUUUCCCUUUGAACCAUACAGUUAAAUAUAAGUAUUAAAAUAUAAACUAUUUGAAAAUAUACAUUUUCCAAAAAAUUAUUCCAAUUUUCUGUUUCUUUAAAAAUACUUCAUGCAUAGUGGACAUAUUUUACAGUAUACAAAAUAUCCAUGACCUUUGGUAAGCAAAUUAAAUCCUUGGUUUUUAUAAGAGGAGUUAAAACUUCAACACAAAACAUAAAUUGAUACUACUGGGGUUUCAAUAACAGAAUCAUAUUUAAAAUUAUAUGGUGUCACUCCUGGGAUAGCUGACAAUAGUAAUGUCAUGAUUUCAUCCACUGUCACACGGUUACCUUAUACUCUUAUACAGUAGCUAUUAUAUAAUAGUUUAAAAGUAAUUAGAAUGUACUAUAUAAUUAUUUCUCAUGUUUGUGACCAGUUGGAAAUGUGUGCCACAUAUUGAUAUUUUUGUAUAGGUACCACCAUAUUGUUCCCUACACUGACCAGUAUUUGAGUGCCCAUUGUUAUAGAAGAACACGUUGCGAACUCUCAUGUAACUUGUUGUUUCUAGUGACUUGAAUUAGAAGCAUGUGCCAUCAUUUAUUCCUUCUACAUUUACCUUCAUUUCUGUAAUACUCAUUUUAUCCUACAAGGAUUUUGUGGCCCCAGAAACCUUUUAUUCAAUUAUGAUUUCAGUUUUUAAAUUUUCUUAUCUUAUUUUAAUAUUGAUAUACUAUAUAUUAUGUUACUAUGUCCUGAAAAUGUGUAUUGACAGCAUGUACAAUUUUGUUGUUUUUGUGCUCAUUGUUAUAUUCUCUGGCUCAUUGUCUGUUUUAUUUUACAUCUAGUGUUUCAUGCACACAUUAUUUUACUUAUGUGUCGCAUACUUUUGUUUAUUCAAUUGAUUUAGGAUACUAAAUAAUCCUGCAUAGAGACUAUAACAUUAUCUGCCAAUUAAACUUGCAAACCUAAGUGCAAAACACACACACAUAUAUAGACAUAGAGAGAGAGAGAGAGA